AUGAAUGCAAAGGAACCAGAAGUUGUAUUCUCCGAUCAAUGUCAAGCUUUAAUGAAUGGUAUUGAUGCUCAAUUCAAAGCUGCGAGCCAUCGCCUAUGCCAAUGGCAUAUCAAUCAAAAUGCCCAUUCUCACUUUGGUUCCUUGAAUGGUAACAAUGACUUCAAAAGAGCAUGGCAUCAUUGUAUGAAUUGGUGCGAGAGUGAAGAAGAAUUCGAAAGCUUGUGGAAGAAAAUGAUUGAAGAUUAUGGGUUGGCUGAGCAUAGGUGGUUUGGAAGUAUGUACAAAUUGCGCAAGAGAUGGGCUUCAGUUUUUACCAAUUCUCGCUUUUCUGCUGGACUGCAUGCUACUUCGCGUAGCGAAGUAACGAAUAAGGUUUUGAAGGAUUUGUGUGCCAGCAGUGGUUCGUUAUUUAAUUUUGUUCAAAAAUAUGAACAAAUUCAAAAGGAUUGGCGGGUGAAAGAAAGAGCUGACGAUGCUUUAUGUAUCGGGACCCCUGGUCAAUUUGUUGAGCAUAACCCGUUGGUGAUGGCUGCCGCCAAACAUUUCACGCGAGCUGUGUUUGUGUCUUAUGAGUUCGAGGCAAAUCAUUCCUUGAAUGUGAGCAUAAUUGGAAAUCUGACGGCGGACGACGUGCAACAGUUGAGCUUUGUUGUCAAAACGACAACAAAUCCAUUGUGUACUAGAUGUGUUAUAUUCCAUCGAACUUCUCAUGAAGCCUCAUGUAGCUGCCGAUUGUGGAAAACUAGUGGCAUCUUGUGUUGCCAUAUUUUUCGAAUAUAUUAUCAUAUGAAUGUGCAAAGUAUACCGAAGAAAUAUUUGUUGCGGAGGUUCUCAAAGGAUGCUAAAACACGCAUUGGACUAGCUAUCAGAGCAGGGAAUGCUGGUCACACUCAUUGUCAUAUUUCGUUGCCUAAUUCAGCCAUGAACAGCCACAUCAUGCGCGGGAUGUACGAGCUCUUGAACGAUGAUAAAUUGGAUGAAACUUCUCGUCAAAUAAUUGUCCACAAAUUCGAUGAGCUACAAAAAGAAAUUCAAUUGCGGUUACGGGCUGUUAGGCAGGUGGAUAAAUCCCAUGAUGACGCCCCGAUUCAUAAUCCAAAUCCGUUACUGCGUACACCCUUCCAUGAUCUAGUGAUUCAUGUGAAGCGAAGGUUUACCAACACUCGUCUUAGCCGACAUUGGGAGAGGUCGAAAAAAAAGGAAGAAAAACAAGGACUGCUUUAG